GGCUGGGCGCGACCCCGGCCGGCGGCGGCGCAGACAGCGGGCAGAGGCGCGGGCCAUGCUGCGGCUGGCGCCCGCCGGGGCCCGAGCCAUCGUGGACAUGUCGUACGCCCGCCACUUCCUGGACUUCCAGGGCUCCGACAUCCCCCGCGCCAUGCAGAAGCUGGCGGUGACCCGGCUGAGCCCCAACUUCCGCGAGGCCGUCACCCUGCUCCGGGACUGCCCGGUGCCGCUCCCCGGGGACCGAGACCUCCUCGUCCGGAACCGAUUUGUCGGUGUUAAUGCAUCUGACAUCAACUAUUCAGCUGGCCGAUACGACCCUUCAGUCAAGACCCCCUUUGAUGUAGGUUUUGAAGGUGUGGGAGAGGUGGUGGCCUUAGGCCUCUCUGCUAGUGCCAGGUACACUGUGGGCCAAGCUGUGGCAUACAUGGCACCCGGCUCUUUUGCUGAGUAUACUGUGGUGCCUGCGAGUGCCGCAGCUCCGGUGCCCUCCGUGAAACCUGAGUAUGUCACCCUGCCAGUAAGUGGUACCACCGCAUAUAUCAGCCUCAACGAGCUCGGAGGACUGUCAGAAGGGAAAAAAGUUCUGGUGACAGCAGCAGCUGGGGGGACAGGCCAGUUUGCUGUGCAGCUUGCAAAGAAGGCCAAGUGCCAUGUUAUUGGAACCUGCUCUUCUGACAAAAAGUCUGCUUUUCUGAAAUCGAUUGGCUGUGAUCGUCCCAUCAACUAUCACACUGAGCAUGUCAGUACUGUCCUGAAGCAGGAGUACCCCACAGGUGUCGAUGUGGUGUAUGAAUCCGUCGGGGGAGCCAUGUUUGACUUGGCCGUAGAUGCCUUAGCUAUCAAAGGGCGCUUGAUAGUAAUUGGGUUUGUCUCUGGCUACCAAACUCCUACUGGCCUUUCGCCUGUGAAAGCAGGAACAUUACCAGCCAAACUGCUGAAGAAAUCUGCCAGCGUCCAGGGCUUCUUCUUGAACCAUUCCCUUUCUAAGUAUCAAGCAGCCAUGGACCACUUGCUCAAGAUGUAUGCGGGUGGAGACCUGGUUUGUGAGGUGGACCUCGGAGAUCUGUCUGUGGAGGGCAGGUUUCGUGGCCUGGAGUCUGUAUUCCGGGCUGUUGAUUAUAUGUACAUGGGAAAAAACACUGGAAAAAUUGUAGUUGAAUUACCUCGCUCUGUCAACAGUAAGCUGUGAAAACAGAACAAUGACAUAAAUCAAAGGAGAAAGAAAAUGGGCACUUUAUUCCUCAGAAUUACUCAAAUCGAGUGAUUUGUAGGUGGUUCAUGGAUAUAAUAUUUCUUGAAACAAAAGUAAGGUGUUAAUGAAUAAGUUUCUCUUUCUCUUUCUUUUUUCUUUUUCCCCUCCCUUGAAAAAAAUGCUAAUAAAAACUUCUCUCAAUGGCUCAGAGGUAAAA